AUGUCGCUCUCCAUCCGCCACGGCCUCGUCUGCCUCCUUGCGGCCGGCGCCGGCGUCAGCGGCGUCGGCGCUGCGGCCAUCCACCACCGGCGCGACGCCAUCGACCACGACGCCGUCGUCGGCUUCCCCGAGACGGUGCCGGCCGGCGCGGUCGGCGAGCUCUACGAGAAGUUCAAGCCCUUCCUGAAGGUCGAGUCCGGCUGCGUCCCCUUCCCGGCCGUCGACGCUCAGGGCAACACCAACGCGGGCCUCAACCCCUCAGGCACCUCGACCGGCGACUGCGACAGCAGCCCGGGUCAAAUCUACGUGCGCGGCGGCACGCCCGCCAACGCCAACGCCACCUCGUCCUCCUCCACCACCCCCUCCUACGCCAUCAUGUACUCAUGGUACAUGCCCAAAGACUCGCCCUCCACCGGCCUCGGCCACCGCCACGACUGGGAAGGCGUCGUCGUCUGGCUCGGCGGCGACCCCUCAUCCCCCGCCACCGCCCAGCUCCUCGGCGUCGCCGCCUCCGGCCACGGCGGGUACGAGACGCGGACGGACGCGCCGGUGGAUGAGGAUGGAACUAGGACGCGGCCGCUGAUCCGGUACUACAACGUGUUCCCCGUCAACCACCAGACGGGCUUCACGAGCGAGGUGGGCGGCGAGCAGCCCAUGGUCGCGUGGGAGAGCCUGCCGGACGCGGCGAGGCGGGCGCUGCAGGAGGCGGAUUUCGGGAGCGGGAACGUGCCGUUCAAGGACGGGAACUUUGAGGAGAAUUUGGCGAAGGCGGCGUUGUCGUGA